GUAACCGCCGUCGCAAUAGCUCGCCUACCCCAGCCCCAGCAGUUCGUUCGAAUGAUGUCCUCGGCAACGUCUCUAUCUUCGGAUACUAAAUUUUAUCUCAAGUUCUCCGUACGACACCGCAAGGCAAUCAAGCGACUUCCAAUGUGGAUGACCGACAAGUAUUUGCACAAAGAUGACUGCCCUCUAUUCCAUUAUGGUAUCCCCGUUUCCGUCCGACAGCUCGGCGCCUAUGGCAUCAAACAAGGGAUAUACAAUACCAACGAAGAUGCCAUAAUGCAUAGGGUGGUAAUGCAUCCUCGUCACUUCGGUGUGAUUGCCCUCUACAACAACUUUGACAAACACCGGCUGCAGCCCUCUCCAGACAAGGAAGCGGCGAUUAUCCAAACCAUCAUAGCAGAGCUCGGACUGUCACCGAACUUGCAGCCCCGCUGGUAUUGGGAUCUCGAAGUUCCAAUGACAGAGAAACUGGGGACGAAACGUCGAAUUCCCUGCGCUGUCGCUAAGCACGUGGAGCAGACGUUGGGUCCCGAAUACGUGGACGAGGAAGCCGAAUGCGAGUCUUCGGACGAAGAACUGAAGACAAAGCUGUCGUCAGUUGAAAGCGAAAGCGAUAUGGAAGAUUAUAGCGAAAGCGAUACGGAAGAUUAUAGCGAUGAAGAGAGCGGAGUAGAGGAUGACGAUGCAGGCAGUCAGACAUGA